UUAUAUCCACCACCAAAAUGGACCAAGAAAUCCAACUCCACACCACUCCCACCCCACAACCACCAUCUUCAACCUCUCCAACAACAAAACCCCAAACAAAAACUAACCUCACACUCCUUCCUCUCAUCUUCAUCAUCUACUUCCAAGUCUCCGGCGGCCCCUACGGCGCCGAGAACACCGUCCACGCCGCCGGCCCUCUCUUAUCCCUUGCUGGCUUCCUCCUCAUUCCCUUCCUCUGCAGCCUCCCUGAAGCUCUCAUCACUUCCGAGCUCACCUCUGCCUUCUCCUCCUCCGACUCUGGCUUUGUUCUCUGGGCUCUCCAAGCCUUCAACUCCCCCUUCACCGCCUCCUUCACCGGCUUUCUCAAACUCCUCAGCUCCACCAUCAACUGCGCCACCUUCCCCAACCUCUGCUCCGACUACCUCUCCUCCACCUUCCCUUCUCUCACCUCCGGCGCUCACCGCUCUCUCUUCAUCACCCUCCUCAUCCUCCUUCUCUCUUUCAUUAACUUCACUGGUCUUACUGUCGUCGGUUACUUCGCCAUUGCUCUUGGAAUCAUCUCCCUUCUUCCCUUCGUUCUCAUGACGUUCAUGGCUUCUCCGGCCGUGGUUCCGGCGAGGUGGACGGCGGUGAGGAAGAAGGUUGACUGGGGGCUUUAUUUGAACACUUUGUUUUGGAAUUUGAAUUAUUGGGACAAUGCCAGCACACUCGCCGGCGAGGUUCAGGACCCUCAGAGAACUUUUCCGGUAGCCAUGCUCGUCGCCGGAGUACUCACUUGUGUUUCUUAUUUUGUUCCGUUGCUCGCCGUCACCGGCGCCCUCGCCGUCUCCGAUGAUCAAUGGAGUGAUGGCUUCUUUGCUGACGCUGCAGGGAUGAUAGGAGGGAAAUGGCUAAAGAUAUGGACACAAGCAGGAGCAGUGUUAUCAGCCAUUGGACUCUAUGAAGCUCAACUCAGUAGUAACACCUUCCAACUCUUAGGAAUGGCAGAGCUUGGUCUCCUCCCCAAAGCACUCUCUAAAAGAUCCAAAUGGUUCAACACUCCAUGGCUAUCCAUUUUGGUUUCAACUCUAAUCACUCUCACAAUCUCUUUCCUUAGCUUCUCUGACAUCAUCGCCGCCGCCAACUUCCUUUACAGUCUUGGCAUGCUCAUCGAGUUCGCCGCCUUCAUUCGACUAAGAAUUAAGCUCCCUGAGCUCAAAAGGCCUUAUAAGGUUCCGAUGGGGAUCGCCGGAGUGGUCAGUAUGUGCACCGUGCCAUCUGUUAUCCUUGUUUUUCUCAUGGUUGUGAGUGGAUGGAGAGUUUGGUUGUUAAGUGUUGCUUUGAUGUUCAUGGCUGUUGGUUUGUAUUUUUGCAUGGUUUUUUGUAGGUCAAAAGGGUGUUUUAAGUUUAGUACUGAUGUGAGUCUUGAAGUCAACUCAGUUGAGGGUUUGAAAGUCAACCAUGUUAAUCUUUAACCUUUGAAGUGUAAAUUCAUAAUGUUAUGAACUCUAUGCUUUAGGUUAAGUUUGUAUCAAUAUUUUAAUGAUAAAUUAAAUCAA